AUGCCGUAUGCAAACCAGUCAGUCGUGACAGUGACCAGUUUCAACGAUGAGGUCUUUAAGUUCACCCUGGAGGACACCGACCUCAGUGUGGCCAAUGCUAUACGCCGUGUCUGCAUCGCCGAGGUGCCAACCCUGGCCAUUGACUGGGUUCAGCUGGAGGAGAACAACACCAUGCUAAAUGAUGAGUUCAUCGCGCAACGCGUUGGCCUCAUCCCCCUGACCUCGGACGACGUGGUCGACAAGAUGACUUACUUCAGGGAGUGCACCUGCCGGGACUUCUGCAAGGAGUGUUCGGUGGAGCUGACGCUGGAUGUGGCCUGCACCGACGACACGCCCAGACACGUGACUGGCGCUGACCUGGUCUCGAGUAAUCGGGACGUUCGUCCAGUGCCUUGUCGAGAGACUGAUGACGCCCUGUACGGCGCUCAGGAGUCUAUCCUCAUUGUGAAGAUGCGGAAAGGCCAACGCCUCAAGUUGCGCGCAUUUGCUAAGAAGGGCUUCGGAAAGGAGCACGCCAAGUGGAAUCCCACAGCUGGCGUUGGCUUCGAGUACGAUCCGGACAACGCGCUGCGCCAUACCUUCCUACAGAAACCGGAGGAGUGGCCUAGAUCGGAGUACUCAGAGCUGGAACCAGACCAGAGCCAGGCACCCUACGAUGCCUUUGGGAAGGUUGGCAAUCUCCCCCUUUUGUUUGUCUUAACCUGUUAA